AUGUCAGACAAGAACCAGAUAAAGAUUAAAUUCACCACAAAUGAGGAAGAUGAGAGUCUAAAAGUGGAAGAGACACCCUUGUUUGUUCCUAUUUCAUUGAAACGUUUUGGAUUGUCUGAAAUCGUGAAUCAUUUACUUGGCAAUUACAAGACAGACUCAGACGAGGAAGAGCGUAAGCCCAUACCUUUCAAUUUCCUUAUCAAAGGAGAGCUUUUGCGUACAUCUAUUGAUGACUACCUUGUGCGCAAUGGGCUAUCAAGUGAAGCAUUCUUGACUAUAGAGUACACUAGAGCCAUUUUACCACCAAGUUUCCAAGCAUCAUUCAACAACGAAGAUUGGAUUUCAUCUAUAGACUCGAUAAACAAGACUUCGAGUGCGGUAGUGGACUCGCAAUUGACAAUAAAUGAGCCAAAAAUCUUGAGUGGGUCUUAUGAUGGAGUGGUACGAACUUACAAUAUGUCGGGUAAGGUGGAGAAGCAAUAUGUUGGCCAUUCUGCUCCAAUAAAAGCCGUCAAGUGGAUAUCACCCACCAGGAUUGUCUCUUGUGGUAAUGAUAGACAAGUGAGGCUAUGGAAAACCGCGUAUGAGGGUGUCAUUGAUGGAAAUGAGGAGAAUGAAGAAGACGAAAUCGAGGACGGAAAGACCUUGGCGAUUUUGGAAGGACAUAAGGCGCCUGUAGUCGACUUGGACGUGAGCCAGAAAACAAAGAGAAUCUUGAGUGCUGGUUAUGACAAUGUUGUUGGGUUUUGGUCCACAAAUUACAAAGAAAUGGCAAAGAUUGAAGUUCUCGAGUACGAUUCGAAUGUUGUCUCUACUUCUUCCAAGAAGAGAAGGAAAAUGGCCUUGCAAGACUCGACUAUAAGACGCCGCUCUCCUUUGAGCUUGAUGAGUGGUCACACUGAGCAAGUGGAGGGUGUCAUCUUUGACGCACAUGACGCAACUGUGGGAUAUUCUGUAUCCCAAGAUCACACUAUUAAGACAUGGGAUUUAGUCACUUCUCGCUGUGUUGAUACAAGAACUACUGGGUUUUCGCUAUUGUCAGUAUUGCAACUACCACAAGCGAACUUGAUAGCUUCGGGUUCAUCAGCUCGUCACAUCAAUUUGCAUGACCCAAGGGUUUCAAAUACAUCAGAGGUGAUCAAUGCAAAGUUAAUUGGUCACACAAAUUUUGUUGUUGGAUUGAGUGCGUCUCCUCACAAUGGAAAUAUGUUUGCUUCAAGCUCUCAUGAUGGAACUGUUAAAGUUUGGGAUAUUAGAGCUGACAAGUCUCUCUAUACAAUAACUAGAGAGGAUGGAUCAACAAAAACGAAAAUUUUUGAUGUGUGUUGGGACAAUGAAAUUGGAAUUAUUAGUGGUGGCGAGGAUAAAAAGAUUCAAAUAAACAAGGGAUCAGAUAUAGCUAAGUAA